AUGGCUCUAAGUCGCCCACAACCAUAUGAGAGCAGGCCCGCUCCUGCACAAGUCUACUCCGCUCCGAAUGAGGGACCUCCGAUUUACGCAAUGGAUCAGCAAAAUAUGCCCGUCUCCUAUGGUGGAAACUAUGGAAUGCAAGGUCCCCAGUAUGGUGGUAACCAAGCACGAAACGAACCAGGAUGGACAGAGCGAGUUCUCGAUGAGAUGAAGGACAUGCUUCUUCUCCUUACCCCACAGGGUCGGAUCUCCUAUGCCAGUCCAUCGUGCAAGAAUAUUACCGGCCGUGCCCCAACACAACUUGAGGGAAGCCUCUUAACACGGUUCAUCCACGAGGACGACCAGGCAAUCUUCCAGAAAGAUAUGGAUGAUGCUGUCGACUCGAACCAGUCAUUCCGCACCCAUUUACGAUUCCAAAAGACAAACAGCACAUACUGCCUCAUAGAGGCAUGCGGACACCCACAUAUUGCCAACCAAGGCGAGCGCCAGACUGGAAGAACAUCACCUACCGCGGCGCGCUGCACGGGCUUCUUCUUAAUGUGCCGACCGUACCCCAACAAGAUCUCGCAACUCCUCGACUCUUUCCUGGAACACAAGAUUGAAAAUGCGCGUCUGAUUCAACAGAUUGCCCAGUUGAAGAAAGAAGAAGACGAAGAGGCGAGCACGAGUCGACCUCCCCCGCAGACGCAGGAUCCAGCCCAGAUAUCCGAAUCUCACAGUCAAACAUCGGCACAUGAAGGCGGAUCCAGCGACCAGGAAUCCACAGACACCGUCGCCCAGACAUCCGAUGACUCUGAUGCAAACCCAUCAGUCGAGUACUACCCAGAGAACAACCACAGCGAGUACCCUUCGCACAUUGACGGUAUCGAAGUCAUGACAGGUCUUUACUACGGCGAAGGCGAGAGGUCCCAAGGUUUGAGUACAGGAACCAGUCGCGGUCGUCUCGUCCACUGUGAUAUCGAUAUAACAACCGCAGCGGACCAGGAGCGCAACGCACAGGAAGGCGACCGCCGCAAGCGACUCAAAAGCCAGCAUGUCUGCGGUGAUUGCGGAACGGCUGAUUCGCCAGAAUGGAGAAAAGGGCCCAAUGGGCCUAAGACUCUAUGUAAUGCCUGUGGCUGUAAGUUCCCACCGCUUGUUGACUCGCUUUACCUAUCCACUCUUGGCGCACAAGCUAAUCCUGUCAUCUUUUAG